AUGGCCUUGCUCUUCCGCUUUCUACAGGCGUUCGCCUUGCUACUUCUUGCCAGCGCAGUGGCCGCUGAACAUACUUCCAACUGGGCAGUCCUCGUCUCUACCUCCCGCUUCUGGUUCAACUACCGCCACCUCGCCAAUGUCCUCUCACUAUACCGAACCGUUAAACGCCUGGGUAUUCCCGACUCACAAAUCAUUCUCAUGCUUCCCGAUGACAUGGCGUGCAACCCCCGGAACGCCUUCCCUGGUACGGUCUACAGUAACGCAGACCGCGCCGUCGAUCUUUACGGUGACAACAUCGAAGUAGACUACAGGGGUUACGAAGUGACGGUGGAGAACUUCAUCAGACUUUUGACGGACCGCCUCGACGAAGAUGUACCGCGCAGCAAGCGCUUGGGUUCUGACGCCGGCAGCAAUGUGCUGGUAUACAUGACGGGGCACGGAGGCGAUCAAUUCCUUAAAUUCCAGGACGCUGAAGAGAUCGGCGCCUGGGAUCUUGCGGACGCCUUUGGACAGAUGUGGGAGAAGAAGCGCUACCAUGAACUCUUGUUCAUGAUCGACACUUGCCAGGCGAACACGAUGUACACACAUUUCUACUCGCCCAACAUUGUGGCGACCGGCUCUAGCGAGAUCGACCAGUCUUCCUACUCCCACCACGCCGACAAUGACGUCGGUGUCGCUGUCAUUGACCGCUGGACAUAUUAUGUCCUUGAAUUCCUCGAGACACAAGUGACGAGCGUCACUUCCAAGCUCAAUCUGGGUGACCUGUUUGAUUCUUAUGACGAGUCUAAGAUUCACUCUCAGCCGGGAGUUCGAUGGGAUCUAUUCCCCGGAGGCGAGCAAGAAGGCCGUCUGCGGACUGUGGUGGAUUUCUUCGGCAAUGUCCAGAAUGUGGAGGUUGAAAACGCUAACGCAACCGAACCUGGUUCUCUUAAGGAAGACUUGGCUGAGAUUGCGCGUCUUGUGGAGAGGUGGCAGAAGCGAGACGAGGAAUAUUCCGCCAUACUGGGCAAUUCCGCUCAGAAUUCUACCGAGGAUCUGCACUCAUCAACUUUGAACCUAAAGCCGAAGACUACUGUUGGCCCAAGCAAAAUGGCCGAAGACAACGGCUGGGGCAAGCGGCUCGUAGGCGCCUCUGUCGUUGGUGCAUGCACCGCUAUCUGGGUGGCUGGCUCAAUCCUGGGUCGCUCAUCUGUAUGA